AUGCUCUUGUGGUGGUUUUGGCUAAUUUGUGUGUUUGCCGAUAGGAACACGCUUCAUGAGAAAUCACUUCAAAGCUUUGAUAAUAUUAUCCAAAUAACAAAUGGUGAUUUUUCAGACUUUUCUGGUCCUCGAGAUUACUUUUCUUUGGUGGUGUUCACGUCAACUGAUCCUGCUCAUGGUUGCCGCUACUGUAUGGGCGAUUUGCCUCGGUUGAUUGGCGAAACCGCUUCACUUUGGAAAAGACAAAACCUCGAUGACAAGCUGUUGUUUUUUACCGUCGUCGACUUGGCCGAUGCUUCCAAUUUCGAACUUAUCGAGGCCAUGGGAAUGAAGGACGUACCACAUGUUUGGCUAUUUCGUCCCAGUGAUCCCGAUAGCAUCACCCAUAAUAAUGAUAAUUAUGGUAUGCUUCGUGAAGAACAUAUUGAAUUCAGGCCAACGGUUUCGGGUCAUCAUGGUCAACUCGAAUUAAUGAACCGAUUCCUCACUCAGUUCACGGGGAAGAGCCUUAAGGUACAACAAUCGUUUGAUUCCUCGAAGUUCUUGAAAGUCUUUCUAGUUACUUUCGUUCCUAUAAUAAUCAUCAAGAAGUUUGGGGCUAAGUCUUUUCCAGCAGCAAAAAGGAAACACGGCUGGUUGUUGUUUCUGCUUUUGUUUUCUUUAGUGAGUCUAAGUGGGUACCAAUUUACGAUGCAACGUGGUGCUCCUUUUGUUGCCUACAAUGAGAACGGCGUGAUAGUGAUAAGCGGGGGUCAGCAUUACCAAUUUGGUGCAGAAAUUAUUAUCAUCACAGCCUUAUAUGCUGCUUUAGCCGCAUCCCUUAUUGCAUUGAUAUGGCUCGGUAGCUAUAAGGCAACACCUGAUAGUACUUUAUCCACUGAAACUGCAAAAUCAUUAGCGAUAAUCAUCACAGCCAUUACUGCAUUUUUGUUGUAUUCAUUGUUGACCAGCAUUAUCCUCCGAAAAGACCAUGCCUAUCCCUACGGAUUAAUUAAGCUCAUAUGA